UUCUAGAAGUUAGAAAAAAGCUUUUACGAGGUAUUAGCACUUUUCUUUCAUUGGGGGGAAGGCGUGAGGAAAGUACCAAACAGCAGCAGACUUUUAAACUUUAAAUAGCCAGGUCUGAGUGCCUGAACUUGCCUUUUCAUUUUACUUCAUCCUCCACGGAGUUCAAUCACUUGGAGUGCCUACUUCACUUCUUUAAGCCAAAGAGAGGUAUCCAGGCAUCAUGGGUGACUGGAGUGCCUUAGGCAAACUCCUUGACAAGGUCCAAGCCUACUCCACUGCUGGAGGGAAGGUGUGGCUGUCUGUUCUCUUCAUUUUUCGAAUCCUGCUACUGGGGACAGCAGUUGAAUCAGCUUGGGGUGAUGAGCAGUCUGCCUUUCAUUGCAAUACCCAACAACCUGGUUGUGAAAACGCCUGCUACGACAAGUCUUUCCCAAUCUCUCAUGUGCGCUUCUGGGUCCUGCAGAUCAUAUUUGUGUCCGUACCCACACUCUUGUACCUGGCUCAUGUGUUCUAUGUGAUGAGAAAAGAAGAGAAACUGAACAAGAAGGAGGAGGAGCUCAAAGUUGCCCAAACUGAUGGGGUAAACAUGGAGAUGCACUUGAAGCAGAUUGAAAUAAAGAAGUUCAAGUAUGGAAUCGAGGAGCAUGGUAAAGUGAAGAUGCGAGGAGGGCUGCUGAGAACCUACAUCAUCAGUAUCCUCUUCAAGUCUGUCUUCGAAGUGGCCUUCUUGCUGAUCCAGUGGUACAUCUAUGGAUUCAGCUUGAGUGCUGUCUACACUUGCAAAAGAGAUCCCUGCCCACAUCAAGUAGACUGCUUUCUCUCUCGCUCCACAGAGAAAACCAUCUUCAUCAUCUUCAUGCUGGUGGUGUCCUUGGUGUCUCUUGCCUUGAAUAUCAUUGAACUCUUCUAUGUCUUCUUCAAGGGCGUUAAGGAUCGUGUGAAGGGAAGGAGUGAUCCUUACCACGCUACCACUGGCCCACUGAGCCCCUCAAAAGACUGUGGAUCUCCAAAAUAUGCUUAUUUCAAUGGCUGCUCUUCACCAACCGCUCCCCUGUCACCUAUGUCUCCUCCUGGGUACAAGCUGGUUACUGGCGACAGAAACAAUUCUUCAUGCCGUAAUUAUAACAAGCAAGCAAGUGAGCAAAACUGGGCUAAUUACAGCGCAGAACAAAACCGAAUGGGGCAGGCAGGAAGCACCAUCUCUAACUCCCACGCCCAGCCUUUCGAUUUCCCGGAUGACAACCAGAAUUCUAAAAAAAUCGCUGCUGGACAUGAACUACAGCCACUAGCCAUCGUGGACCAGCGACCUUCAAGCAGAGCCAGCAGCCGUGCCAGCAGCCGACCUCGGCCUGAUGACCUGGAGAUCUAGAUCAGGCUUGAGCAUCAAAAUUCCUCUAACUGUGGAGAAGAAAAAAGGUGCUGUAGAAAGGGCACCCUAGGUGUUAAUUUUGUUCCAGUUGGAGGUGGUACUCAACAGCCUUAGUCAUGAGGCUUAGAAAACAACAAAGACUUUAGAAUAUGUAGGUUCAUCAGGGGGUGUCUGGGAUAGGUGGGUGGAGAGGGAGGGGAUAAGGGAGGUACAUGUGGAGAUUUAACGUAGUGAAUUCAAAGAACUUAAUUUCUAAAGCAGAGUUGCAUUAGGUGAUACAUAGGUAAGGGCUUUUUCUCCCCAACGUAUACCCCUAAGAAUGGUUCUGUGUAUGUGAAAGAGUGGGUGAUCAUUGUGGCUAAAUAUUUUUAAAAUUUUUGUUGUACCAAGAAACUGAAAUAGCUUUGGCCAGGAAUAAAUACUUCCUGAACAUUUUAUUUCUUUGCAACAAGAAAAAGACAGAAGAUUGUUCUUAUGUCCCUGCUAAAACAUUCUAUUGUUAAAAUUUGCACUUUGAAGGUAAACUUUCAAUCCUCCAGGUGUCAAAGGACUUGUGCUACUACUUUUUUUUUUUUUUUUUUUUUAAAUUCUUGGUAACAACUGAAAGUUCAGACAAGGCCCACAGAAAAAGGUGUUCCAUGCAUUUGCCAUCCAUACAGGAGUAUUUUUUUUUGCAUCCACUUUCAUCAUAUCAUUGCCAUCACUUUUCUUCAUUCCUCAACUACUAUUCACAUUCAUUUAAUGGUUUCUGUAAACAUUUUUAAAACAGUUGGGAUGUCACUUAGCAUGCUUUUUCUUUGAUUUAGUGUCAGGGAAGCAAGCCAUGCUCAAUAUUUAACAAUCACUUGUAUGUGUAUGUGUGUGGAAGAGUGUGUUUAAUUUCUCAUGUAUUGGUACAAGCAGAUUCAGUAUAAACUCACAAACACAGAUUUGAAAAUAAUGCACACACAGUGUUCAAAUUUGAACCUUUCUCAUGGAUUUUGUGGUGUGGGCCAAUAUGGUGUUUACAUUAUAUAAUUCCUGCUGUGCAAAUAAAGCACAUUUUUUUUUUCCUAAAAUGUUUUUCCCCAUGUAUUCUAUUAUGGAUACUGGUUUUGUUAAUUAUGAUUUUUUCUUUCUUUCUUUUUUUUUUUUUUUUUAGAAUGUAGCAGUAAUGCUAUUACUGAGAUGAAUGAUUUCCUUUUUCUGAAAUAUAAUCAUUGAUGCUUGAAUGAUUGAAUUUUAGUACUGUAAACAGGCUUUAGUCAUUAAUGUGAGAGAAUUAGAAGAAAUGCUUAGAUUGGACUAUUAAGUGUACCUAAAUGAAUUUUGCAGUAACUGGUAUUCUUGAUUUUUGUCCUACUUACUACACAUUAAUUCAGAACUUGUAUUCUCUUAUGAGGUUGACAGUCUUUUGGAGUGACCAGCAACUUUGAUGUUUGCACUAAGAUUUUAUUUGGAAUGCAAGAGAGGUUGAAAGAGGUUCAGUAGUGCACAUGAAACUAAUUUAUUUGAACUAUAUGCUGAAGACAUCUACCAGUUUCUUCAAAUGCUUUUUUAAACUCAUCACAGAUGAUUGGUGAAAAUGCUGAAUAUCAUCAUACUAUUCUUCUUGCACAUCAGCUACACAAACAGUUUUGAACAAUGAAAAUACUAAUGUGUUUGACAUUCCAUGUUAAACUACUGUCAUGUUCAGCUUCAUUGCAUUUAAUGUAGACCUGGUCCAUCAGAUCUUGUGUUCUGGAGAGUGUUCUUUAUUCAAUAAAGUUUUAAUUUAGUAUAAAGGAAAAAAAAAGAAAAUUCUAGUCAUGGGGGAGCAAGUUAGUUAACAGAGAAAGCAUAGCCUAAUGAUUCAGAGAAAGGUUCCAUCACUUCUUUGUGUGAUUCUGAACAAAUUUUUAUAUAACUCUCUGGGUUUCAGUCUCCUCAACUAUAAAACAGAACUAAUAUGUACUCCUUGUAGGACUGAGUAAUAUAUAAAACAAGGCACAAUUCACAACAGUGCUGGUAUAUAACAAGCACUCCAAAAGUACUCCCCCCCCGCCUUUUUUUACUGUAGAAUAAUAGACAUUAGACAAAUCAUGAAUGGAAAUUCUUUUCAUUAAGCAAUAAAGCCAAUUCCCAAAUUAAAGGUUUUUGAGAACUGGUAACAAUAUUAGAGCAUAUUAAGAGACUUCUAAAAUAACUUGAAAGAAAAGCACUUGUUUAUAUAGGUAUUUACUUUACCUAAAAUUAACUGUACACUUAAUAUGCAUAUUACUCUAAGUAGUUUACAUACAAAAAUCUAAUUAAAUUCUCAAAAUGAUUUCAUUAGAUUGUUGGCAUCUAAUUUCCAAAUGGAAAAAAAAAAUGAGGCAUAAAUAUACUGAAUAGUAUGACCAAGCAGGGAAUGGUCAAGCCAGAAUAUGGGAGACUCUCAGAUCUGUCUCUGAAGCCCAUGCUUGUUAAUUAUUUCUGUUUAAAUUCAGAUAAGUUUGUAUAGGGGAAAAAAGUGACCUCCUUACUUUACAGUCAGACAUGAUACUUUUAUUAUAUAAAUUUUAUUAGCGUUAAUUCUUUUUACCCUUAAAAUUUUAAGCCAAAACUACUACCCUACUUUAAAAACUUAUUUAUUUUAUUUGGUACUAGGGACUGGACCCAAGGGAGCUUCACCACUGAGCUACAGCCCCAGACCUUUUAAUUUUUUAAAUUUUGCAGGGAUUUGCUAUAUUGCCCAGGCUGGCUUUGAACCCUCUUGCCUUAGCCUCCCAAGUAGUUGGGAUUACAGGUGUGUACCACUGCACCCAGCUUACCCUUUCUUUUUAAAAGAAAGCAAAUAAUGUUAUGGAAUAUCUAUUAACAAAGAACUGUAAGAGUGGAACACAGGAUCAUUUUAAGAGUAUCAAUCUUUUCUUCAGAGAAGAUAAACUCAAAAAAUAUAAAAGUCUGCUACUUUUUUUUUUUCAAUAAACGCUUAUUUAUUCAGUAAUGUAAAAACAGCAAUGGUACUCACUUGUGCUACUGAUGUGAAGCAUCUUUUAAAAAAAAAAAGUAAAUAAAUUUUUCAUAUUUUAUUGAAGGAGCAAUCUGCCUUCAGCAUAUAAAUACUAGCUAGUAGGAAAUGAGAUGCUCCCAUGUCAGCAAUUAUCUGGAGAACACUCAUAUUUUGCAUCAUAAAACUGGUUAGAGACUAAUCAUUUGUGCUUUCAUGAAUAAGAAACAGAAUGCUAAAAACUUCCUGCGCCCAUGACAAAUGUAAUUCUAAAAGAAUUUCCAAAGACAUUACUGUUAAAAAAAAAAAAAUCACACAAAACACUACUGAAACAGAAAUCAAAAUGUUAAAUUAGAAGAGUAAUUCCUUAAAUUAAAUGAGACAAAGAGCUUAAAUUUCAUCAUUUACACUGUUGAUAUAUAUUUAAAUAUAUAAAUCAUCUACAUUAUCUAUAUCUUUACUAGAUACAUACAUGUGGUUUAAAAACAUGGUUAACUUUCAGUUACGCAAUACAAUAUCUCAUUACAUUUUUUUAAAGUUAAAUAAUUUAUACUGAUAAUCUGAUAUCUCUGCAAAGUUGUCAAGAACUAUCUCCUAACAUCUGUUCAAUUUCUAGGCACAAUAUAGUCGACCUAUCUCCUCUGUUUAUUUCUCCUGCUGAUGUCUAUUCUUGAGAAAGAUUUAUAAACUGUGUUUUAUCUAAAUAGUACUGCAACUACACAAUAUAUUUCUGAAAGCAGUUACCAAAUAUUCAAUUAAAAGGCAAAAUGUAAUUUGCAUUUUUAUCUAAGACAGGAAUUCCUUACUAAUAUGGAAGAUUUAGGAAUUUCUCUGAAAUCAAACAAAAUAUUCCAUGAAGUAUGUUGCUUUCUUAGGAAAGACUAGAGCUUUUAUCUCAUUCUUAAAAGACUCUACCACUCCCAAAAUGGUUAAAACCAUGGAUCUGUAAUCUUUGUAAUUUAUUCUGAUCUUUGUAAUUUGAUAGGUUCUUUAAUCUUUUUCACAGAGUACAUAUUACUGUUCUGCUUUAAGUAAGUGGCCCAAAUUCAUGUGUCAGAAACUUAAUCCUCACCUCAGUAGUAUUGAGACCUCAUGAGAUUGGAGCCCUCAAGAAUGGUUUAAUGUUGGGCUGGGGUUGUGACUCAGCAGUAGAGUACUCACCUAGCAAGUACGAGGCCCUAGGUUCUAGCCUCAGUACCACAUAAAAAUAAAUAAAUAAAGGUAUUGUGUACAACUACAACUAAAAAAUAAAUAAAUAAAUAUAUAUAUAUA